AUGUCGUACCCAUACCUCGCCCGGACAAUACUCAAGUAUAAGUCGCCUCACGCGACUGACCUGUCCUUCGCAAAGAAUGAGACAAUCCGCGUGACGGGGCCCUCGGAUGAUGACGAGGACUGGCUUGUCGGCGAGUCGAUCGACGGCGCGCGCAAGGGCGGCUUCCCCAAGGACUUCAUUGAAGUUAUCGAAGAGGCUGAGGACCCUGCUGCGGCCACUGAAAUCCCCGCAGUUGCGGCCGCUUCCUCUGCUUCAGCUGUACAGGCUCCUCCUACUGCGCCCGAGUCUCCCGCUCCGCCGACGCCCAGCGCCCCUGUCCCACCUGUCACCGACCAGCUUCCUGAACAGCCUGCGGUCGCAACUCCAGUCUCGGAAGCUCCUCCUUCCUCAGCGCCCGCCUCUACCUCGGAGCCCCCUUCGACGGCCAGUGUCGAGCCAGUGGCAGCCGUGCCGCCCCCCGUUGCGGCAGUCAAGUCGCCCCCUCCCCUCGAAGCUACCUCUCUCGUGUCUGAGAAUGUGGAGAAGGUGCCGUCUCCCAUCAAGACAACCUCCCCCGUCCGUCCCAAAUCCCCGGCUCCGGCGUCCCCCACCAAGUCCACAUCGCCUCCUGCUGCGCCUGCAGCGGCCAUCGCAGCCCACCCGGAGGAGGGACCCCGUCAGUCUAUGAAGGAGCGCCUCGCAUUCUUCAACAAGGCGCAAGUAAAAGCCCCUCCUCCGCCGAUCAAACCCAAGCCUGCAGGGGGCGGCCUUACAUGGAGUCAGCGUCAAAAGCUGCGCCAGGAGCAGGAAGCAAGGGAGCGCGAGUCUGAGACGGCGAAGGGCGCAACCUCUGGCGAGUCAGUACAGCCGGACAAAGCCAUCGUUACUGCCUCGGUGGACCAGACGCCAGCCGCCACCCGGUCAUCUCCCGAGCCUGAGAACAAGAAAGAUGAGGGCGAGGGCAUGUCCGCGGCUGACGCAGCCAAGUCGGUUCGCGCCGGCGGCUCACUCAAGGAGCGCAUGGCAGCACUUCAGGCUGGUGGUGCAUUUGGAAAAGCCCCAGCUCCGCCGCCGCCGAAGCCUGUUGGCAAGGCCUGGUCGCGCCCUCCUCCUCCUCCGGCACCCGAGCCUGCCGCAGAUGAAGAGGGUGAGGCAGAGGGCGCUGCCGUAGACCCUGUUCCUCGCGUCUCUUCUCCCAACGCCCAGGGAGAGGUGGUUGAGGGCGAAGCGCACAAGGAGGCCGACGCUGAUGGUGAGGAGCAGGAGCUCGACGAGGAGGAGCAGGAGAAGCAGCGCCGUGCUGCCAUAGCCGCGCGGAUGGCUAAGCUUGGGGCCCGCGGCCCCAUGGGCAUGCCUCCUAUUAUGGGCGCACCACGUCCUAUCCCCGCCCGCAAGCCCAGCCCUAAACCGAGCGACGAAACUCCUGCCGAGCAGUCCGCUCCUGCUGCCCCUGUUCCAAUUCCUGGCCUGGCAUCACUUCGCAAGUCGACAGAAGACGAGGCUGUGCCGGAAAUGCCCACCGAAGCUGCAAUGUCACCCCCCGCCGCGGCGGUCGCCGCCACUUCGCCGGAGUCAGAGGCAACCUCAACACCCCCCGCCUCUAUCAAGAUGCCCGCAGUGCCGCGGCGCACCGCUGGACCGCGUCGCCGCGGCACACCGUCCGCACCGUCGCCGGCGCCACCUGCUGGAGUCGAUGAGGCCAAGGACGAAUCAAAGGAUAUUCCUGCGGCAGUACCUGCGGUCGCUAGCGCCGGUGUCCUCGCAGCGACCGCUGCUGCUAUCGGGUCACUUUCUUCUCCAGGUGCUGAGUCGUCUUCCUCGGACCCCCAGCCCACUGCCGUUCCAGCUCCAGUUGCAGGCGCGCCUCCCGGCACUGAACUUAGACUCGAGCGAAGACUCCCUGACGGGACGAUUGAGCCGCCUCCUCAGGUCAUGGUGCCUGGCGAGGAGGAGCCAAUGCCGCUUUCUCCAAAGCAGCGCGAGCAGCGUGCCGUGGAGGAACAGGUCGGCGCUGGCCCUCUCGGCGCUGAGGGUGCACAGCUUGCUGGAAUCGCGCUGGCGCCUAAGGACGCGGAAGACGACGAAGAUGAGAUCCCGUCGUUCGCACCUCCGCACACGGCCGAGCGCCUGGAGCGCAAGCUACCUGAUGGGUCUAUUGAGCCUCCCGCACAGGUUCCGCAGCCUGGUGAAGAGGAGGGAUCACUUAGUCCUGUGCGCCAUGAGCGGCAGCAGACGCUGGAGAUGUUCGGCCGCAGCUCUGCUGGCAUUGAAGGAGCAGAAGCCGCAGGUAUUGCUCUGAGCCCCCCGCCUGACGCUCAAAGCGCUGAUCGCGAAACGGCCGCUCAACGCAAAACCUCGCAGGACGACGCAGCGCAUGUUCCGCCGCCGCUACCAGAGCACCCCGUGGCCCAAACCCUGGUCGCGGAGCCCGAGGAUGCACCGCCACCUCCCCGUGCGGUUCCACCACCCCCUACCGUGCAAACUGAGCCGCCAAUGGCGGCGCCCCUCGCUCGUGCUGUACCGCCGCCGCCUCCGACUGUCCCCGCGUGGGGGGAUGGGGACGAGGAGGAGGACACCGUGGACGGCGGGGAUGAUUCCACGCAGGGCGCUCAAGCCGGCGGCCUGCAGAACGGCCACUCUGCUGCGGAUGCCCAAACCGUAGCUCAGCCACCAGGUGCCGUCCCACCUCCCAUGCCUCCCCGUGCUAUUCCUCCUCCAGCGCCAGAGAGUGACGACGACGACCACAUCACCUCCGCCCCUCCUCCUCCCGCUCGUACUGUACCUGCGGCCGCGGCGGGCGCGGGGUUGGCUGGUGGCGCCAUGGCCGCGGCCCUGGCAUCGAAGGACAACUCCGCUCCACCCCCUCCUCCGCACCUUCCCGUUCCUGGCGAUUCGCUCGCGCUUUCAGAGACAGCCUCGACGGGAAUCACAACCGAGGACGAGCUUGCUACACGUGAGGCUCGCCGCCUCUCCAGCAUCCGCCCGGGUGGGCCUCGCGGACCUCGUCCCCUGUCCUCUAGCUCCAUGAAGGAGGAUGAUGUGGUUCCAACUCAGACCGAGGACACUUCAGGAUUCAUGGAGGCACCUGCUCUUCCCUCUCGCGGUGUUCCUCCCCCUGCGCCGCGCGCGGUACCUCCAUCGCCGGUUGGUGAGGAUGACGAGCCUACCCCACCUACUCCUCCUCCUAUCCGCAAGCCGACGCUGCCUCCUCCGCCUGCCCCUGUUGAUGAUGGCACUGCCGAGGAGCUUGCGCACGCCUCGCCCGCUCGCAUGCCCACUCUUCCCCCACCCCCACCUCCAGGCGGCGAAGUUGGUGAUGACGAAGAGGAGGAGGAGAACGAGCCUGCGCCGCCCGUGCCAACUCGUAGAACGACGGGCACCGAGGCCAUUGCACGUACGACUUCACAUAGCUCUGCAACCGCCAGCUCACCAAUCUCGCCCGGGCGUGCCAUCCCACCCAUCCCUCUCACCGCUCCCAACCAGGACGAGGAUGACGAGGAGACCCAGCGCCGCGCCGGCAUCGCCGCUCGCAUGGCUAAGCUCGGCGGCAUUCGGUUCGGUGCCCCUCCUCCUAUGCCGGUGAGGAAGCGGUCCACUGUCGACGAGGUGACUUCGCCUUCUGAUGUGACUGCUACCCUCUCGCCAGUGAGUGGCGCCGGCGAAGUUCGCUCUGAGCUUGAGGUCGCGGAAGAGGACGCCCCUCCUCCACCACCUCGCGCCGCACCCGCGCCAGCUGCCGAGAACGAAAGGGACGAGACGCCCGAGCAGGAGGCCGAGCGCCGCCGUCGGACGCUCGCCCGUCUUCGCGCUGGAGGCAUGCUGGGCGGCGGUCUCUUCCAGGCUGCUCCCGAGCCCGAGGUAGAGGAGGAAACGCCUCACGCCGAGGAGCCUGACGAGCGUGGCAUUGAGCCAGAGGAAUCUGAGGAGGAGCAUGCACCGCCACCACCUCCCCGCCCGCCGCACGCUGCUCCUUCUGUCCCUACCGCUAUGUCCGCUUCGCCCAUUUCUGCCGUGAGCGCACCUCCCAUGCCGGGCGCCCGUCCGCCGGUCCCAGCACCCCGCUCCAGCCUUCCACCCCAACCUCCGCAGGACGACAGCGACGAGGAAGAGGCCGCGCCCCCUCCCCCACCUCGCCCGACCCGCACAAUGUCCUCGGAAGUCCAGGCGGCGCCGCCACCGCCACGCGCUGUACCUCCUCCCCCGCAAGCGGACAAUGAAUACGAGCAGGCGCAGUCACUCCCGCCCCCACCUCUCCCGCAGCAUGGGGUACCGUUCGGUGCACCGCUGCAUGUUGAUGACGCCCCUCCCGUACCUCAUCGUCCGCCCAUGCACGCACCGCUGGCCGCUCCACCCCAAGCACCUCCCGUGCCCACAGCCCCUCAGGUGCAUGCGCCUCAAGCCGCACCCUCUGCCUCGGAAUUCGCUGCUGCACACGCCCAGUCUGGUGGCGAGCUCCCGCCACCCCCUGCACCCCCGCGUGAGCCAUCGCCGCACCACUCCGUGCACUCGGCGCAUUCUGCGCCUCGCUCAUCUGGGCAGAUCGGGCGCCCGGGCUUCAACGACCUACAGCAGGCCAGUCAGACGCAAGGCUCUGCUUUGUUCCGCGCCGCGCGCGGCGUUUUUGACCAGGGCAAGAGAGGGUACUACGGCGAUGGAUCGCCCGCAGGCUUCCUCCGCGUCGCCUUCGACCAGGCGCGCCUCCCCGCCCCAACCCCCGAGCACUGGGGAGUGCCAGUGUAUGAGCAGCAGGCGCAUACGGUCAUGAAGCGCCUUGAUGACCCGCGCCCCGGCGACGUGGCAGCACUGUACGAUGCGCGCUUCAAGGGCCAGAAGGGUUUGAAGGGGUACACGCAGCACGUGGGAUCCGUCGAGGAUGCACUUGUGGGCGUUGUCAGCGAGUACGACAGCCGCGGUAAGCACAAGAUGCGCGUGCUCCAAGUUGAGCGGGGCGUGCCUGAGGAGGUGUCGUACCGCCUCGACGAUCUCAAGAGCGGCCGUGUGGUGAUUUACCGUGUUGGCUUCUGA